AUGUCUAGAAAAGCAAAUAUGAUGAAGCAGGGACUUCAGACUGUGUUCAUAAAUCCCUUUAUCGACAAUUCUCUCCUAGUUAAGGAACUCGUUGCUGGUUUGACUAAUAAUGAGCUCGAGCAAGUAGUUAACAGUGUGAUUAUUACUGACUUUGAUUGUUGCUCUGAAUGGCGACACAAUAAUCCGACGUUGGCCAUGCUAAACGUGGAUCUCACGACUAGCGAAGAAGAAGACGAAGAAUAA